GGUGUCCCCAUCAGAGUGCCCCCUUACAUCAGGUGUCCCCACCAGAGUUCCCCCUUACAUCAGGUGUCCUCAUCAGAGUUCCUUCUUAGAAUAGGUGUCCCCACCAGAGUGCCCCUUUACAUCAGAUGUCCCCAUCAGAGUGCCCUUUACAUCAGGUGUCCCCAUCAUAGUUGCCCUUUACAUCAGGUGUCCCCAUCAGAGUGCCCCUUUACAUCAGGUGUCCCCAUCAGAACAGGUGUCCCCAUCAUAGUUGCCCUUUACAUCAGGUGUCCCCAUCAGAGUGCCCCUUUACAUCAGAGUGCCCCUUUACAUCAGGUGUCCCCAUCAUAGUUGCCCUUUACAUCAGGUGUCCCCAUCAGAGUGCCCCCUUACAUCAGGUGUCCUCAUCAGAGUUCCUUCUUAGAAUAGGCGUCCCCAUCAGAGUGCCCCUUUACAUCA